UAUCUGAGCCUGGGGCAGCUACAACCCUUCCGCUGCUUCCGCGUUCUCACAGCGAACUCAGGAAAACAGCUCCGCCCACACUAAACAGUGAACUCAGGGCCAAACAAGGGAGAUAUUCUGAAGGGCCGCGCACGUUUUGAGAGUCAGUGAAAAGUACUUUUUCCGGGAUAAGAAACGCGCCCCAAACAUACUGAGUCACCAACCGCCGCUUCGGGCCGGAAGCCACCGCACUAACACCGCCCCCCUUACGUAGUUAAGCGGAGUUUCCCGUGAGCCUCCGGGCGCGCGCGAGGACUACGAUUCCCGGCAUGCUCGGUGGCUGGCGAAAUUAACCCUUCAGGGACUGCGGCUGCCCUUCGCCCCGCCUCCUCCUCUUACCUGGACCCCUCAGGAGAUGGGUGCCCCCAUCGGCACACUGUCCUUUGGCCACCGGACAUCAUGCCUCCCAAGAAGGAUGUUCCCGUUCCCGUGAAGAAACCAGUGGGGCCCCCUAACCCCAAGCCUGCUGCGCCUGCUGCCAAGCCAGCAGCAGGGGCCCCUCCAGCCAAGCCACCACCAGCGUCAGCGUCAGCGCCAGCACCAGCACCAGCACCAGCACCAGCUGUCCCUUCAGCCUCUGCGAAGAUCCAGGAGCCCCCCGUCGAUCUCUCCAAAGUGGUGAUCGAGUUUAACAAGGACCAGCUGGAGGAGUUCAAGGAAGCCUUCGAGCUGUUUGACCGAGUAGGGGAUGGCAAGAUCCUGUUCGGCCAGUGUGGGGACGUGAUGAGGGCCCUGGGCCAGAACCCCACCAACGCCGAGGUGCUCAGAGUCCUGGGGUACCCCAAGAGUGAUGAGCUGAAGACCCGACGUAUAGACUUUGAGACUUUCCUGCCCAUGCUCCAGGCAGUGGCCAAGAUCCAGGGGCAAGGCACAUACCAGGACUACCUGGAGGGGCUUCGCGUGUUUGACAAAGAGGGGAACGGCAAAGUCAUGGGAGCAGAGCUCAGACAUGUCCUCACUACCCUGGGAGAGAGGAUGACUGAAGAGGAGGUGGAGACAGUUCUGGCAGGACAUGAGGACAGCAACGGCUGCAUCAACUAUGAAGCCUUCCUGAAGCACAUCCUGAGCGUCUGAGCUCUACAGGUGCAGUGGGGCUCGACAAGGAGUCCCCCUACCCCUCGCGGGCGAAAGCAAGUUCCUGCCGCUAGGAGGCCACCUAUUGUUUCAAAAUAAAGUGACGGUUCCUCCCCUAAA